AGAGCCCGUGAGGCGGCCGGACCAUCAUCGUCCUGCUAAUACAGCUACUUCCUCAACCACCGGUAUGAGCCACGGGAAGAGAACCGACAUGCUCCCGGAGAUCGCCGCCGCCGUAGGUUUCCUCACCAGUCUCCUGAGGACUCGGGGCUGCGUGAGCGAGCAGAGACUCAAGGUUUUCAGUAGGGCGCUCCAGGACGCACUGACCGAUCAUUACAAACACCACUGGUUUCCAGAAAAGCCAUCCAAGGGCUCCGGCUAUCGCUGUAUCCGCAUCAACCACAAGAUGGACCCCAUCAUCAGCAAGGUGGCCAGCCAGAUCGGACUCAGCCAGCCCCAGCUGCACCAGCUCCUGCCCAGCGAGCUGACCCUGUGGGUCGAUCCCUACGAAGUGUCCUACCGCAUCGGGGAAGAUGGAUCCAUCUGCGUGCUGUAUGAGGAGGCGCCGGUGGCCACCUCCUACGGGCUCCUCACCUGCAAGAACCAGAUGAUGCUGGGCAGGAGCAGUCCAUCGAAGAACUACGUGAUGACUGUCUCCAGCUAGAGAGGAGCCGCCCCGCCCUGGCACUCUACUGUUCUCAUGCUGCCCUGACAACAGGCCACCGUAUACCUCAACCUGGGGAACUGUAUUUUUAAAGUGAAGAGCUAUUUAUACAUGUUAUUUUUUUUUUUUAAGAAAAGAGGAGGAAAAAACCAAAAGUUUUUUUUUAAAAAAACAAAAAAGAAAAAACAAUUCGUUAACGGGAGCUGCUUGGAAGUGGUCUCCCCAGGUGCCUUUGGAGAGAACUGUUCUUGAUUGAGUCUAUGAGCCAGUGUUUGCCUAGGGGAGUGGGUUGGGGAUUGGCCUAGCCAAGGUAAAAGGGGAUUCUUGGCUGAUCCCCCAGGAGGUGGUGGAAGGGAGCAAGGUUAGCAACUGUGAACGAGAGGGGUCAGGGUCUGCUCUGGGUUACCGUCCCCGCUGGGAUGCCUGUAUUCCUGGUCCCUCUCUUACUCAGGGGCAUUCAAGCCUGGUCUCAAAUAAUACUACAUUGCCUAAUCUUCUCUUUUGUUUUUCUGCUGAGAUCCUGGGCACACGGAAAGGCCUCUCCUGUCCCUUCCGUCUGAGCAGAGUUUCUUGAAACUGUGUCUCGUUUCUGAUCCUACCCUCGGGGUCCUGAAGAGGUGGUUUCCCGGCCUGGAAUCUAUCUAAACGUUUUUGGAGGGUGGGCUAUAAGGCAGAUAUAAUGGAGGGGAACCGCACAAACCCUUUGCUUUGCUCUGUGCUGCUUUGUAUGGAUGGAUGGUUAAUAACUUAGGGAUGAUUUGCAAUGGAAUUUUGGGACCCAAAGAGUAUCCAAUGGGGGUGGGUGUUUUGGACCUAAGCCCUCCUUUUGGGAACCACGUGACAGUCUGAAUGCUGCUACCAUUAUUCCUUUGAGAGGUGGCUCAAAGCUCCAGGGAACUCCAGGUCCUUUCUUACUGCCUUCUCUUCAAGAGCAACCUCCCCCAUUUCUUUUCCCUCUUUCCUGCGGUUGGGUCCUGGAGGGCCCCAUUUCCUAGGACAAGAGUUCUCAAUCACUGUGCAAUAGUCCCAGGAAGCUCUGGAACUGGGCCUCCCAGCCCCUCCUGAUUCCUGGUGGGUUUUAGGACCCCGCCUUCCCCGUUCUUCUGACUGGCUGGUGGGCCUUGAGGAGAUCUCCCUCGGCUGCAGGGAGGGCACCUGUGCACUGCAGGACUACCUGGUACUCCUGUGGGGCUGCCACGGAGAGCCAAACCUUAGGCAUAGCUUUGUCUCCUCGGUGCUCAGAGCACCUGCAGGGGGAGGUUGCCCCCCUCAGUAAAAAUCCAAAUUUAUUUGUAGAUGUGUGCAAUAUUUACUGUUCUGGGUUGGAGAAAAUCGGGAAACACUGGGAAGAAGUGGCCUUCCUUCAGGUUCAGUGACACUGAUGAGGGCUUCUCAGAAGGCCUCGAGUCUCUCAAACCAAAGGACAGAGCUAGAGCCAGCCAGUCACCCUUAGUGAGGAUCCCCUUCCCCAUGUCUCUCCACUGCCGUGGCAUCCCAUGUCCUGGAUUUCUCAAUUCCUCAGUUUCUACUCAAAGGUGCUACUUACCAAACACUCUGCCCGUCCCGCUCUCCCCAGCUUCGCACAGCCGUCCCAGGUGGCUUCGUCUCUCCUGCUUUAAAGUUAACUUUGGGCCCACAGACCCGAGAGCUGUGGGUUGAAGCAAAGCUGUGAAUCGCUCCAGAUGGUCCCUGUGUUCUGUCCACACACAGGUCCCCGCCUUUUUAGAAGCAGCCUCCUGGUCUCAUGCUUAAAUCUGUUCCUCACUGCCCGUGUUCACUUUAGAAAUGGCAGAACCACAGAGCUGGACUGUUGAGCAGGCCUGUCUCUCUCAUUAAAUAAAAAUAAGUAAGUUUGUAAGCUAUUCCGACAGAAGAGACAAAGGUUACUGAUUGUACAAUAGCGCUUUUAUAUGGAAGACUGUACAGCUUUAUGGACAAAUGUAAAACUUUUUUGUUUUUAAUAAAAAUGUAGCAGACC